AUCUGCAGAUAGACUGCAGAGAAGAUCAAUUUUCUGACAACCCUCUAGCUGGGAAAUCUAGCAGGAUUCUCAUCUUUAUACUUGGAGGAGUGGUUGUUGCACUGGUAGCUGGGGCAAUCGUUAUUGUCGUGUUCAUCAAAAUGAAAUUCUGUAAAAGAUCUGAUCUAAACAAACUUGAUACAGACGAGAAAGUCAUACCCACGAGCACAUUAAAUCCUAAGCAUAGCGUCCGUUAUGGUGAGAAUCAACGUCAAAGUAAAGACUCUGAAAAACAAACGAUUGGUUUUAUGUCAAAUUGUGCAAUUUCAAACACUGAUAUGACAGAGACCUUAGUUCCGGUGCAGGAUGGGAAUUAUUCCUUAAUCAAUGCUUCAGAUUUUGGGGGAGAAAAUGACAGAGUGAAAGAUAGCAACACUGAUACGACAGAAACUUCACUUCCGGUACAGGAUGGGAAUUAUUCCUUAGUCAAUGCUUCAGAUUUUGAGGGGGAAAAUGACAGAGAGAAGGAUAGCAACACUGAUACGAUAGAGACCUCACUUCCAGUAAAGGAUGGUAUUUAUUCUUUAAUCAAUGCUUCAGAUUUUGAAGGAAAAAAUGACGGAAUGAAAGAUAAAUGUUUUGACAAAGAAAAUACAGCAGAGUACAUCACAAAACAGAGUGAUGCUGUCAACACAGUUACUAAUCAGAUCAUUGGAGAGGUGACGGGGGAUGUGUAUGCCUCUAUUUGUAAAAGAGACAAUCUAGAAGACAACCGAAUUACUGGUCCAAAAGGAGACAUAUACACAACUGUUUCCACGACGUUAAAAACAAAGUGAAUGUCUUGAAAUUUGGAGUGGGAAUCUAGGCUCUUAAAGAGGUUUAGAUCGAUGAAAGAAGGCAAAAAAGAAAAAAAUCUAAAUAUGUUUUAUUUAGAGAAGUCAUUUUUGUACCUAUACUAAAUCCAA